AUGGAGAAUUUGAGAAACUUUGUUAUCUUACAAUUUCGUGACGAUUUAGAAAUAGUUAAUAAAAAUUGGAUAAUUGAUGAUAACACUUACUUUUAUCCAAUGGGAGUUAAAAACAGAAACGAUUAUUUCAAGUUAUUAAAUACUAUGGUUCGACCAGGAUAUCAUAAUGACCAAUAUAAUUGGUUACCUCACUAUACAACCAAAAUAUAUGAUUCUGAUGAUAUGUUUGGAAAAGCAAUGAGUAAAUUAGCACUGAUUAAAUAUUAUAAUAAUUCCAUUGGUGAAGCUGAUUUUAAGAAAUCAUGUAAUGAAUAUGUCAACAAAUACUACCCUCCACCGGCUCCGCCAGAAAAAUUAAAUUCACAAAUAUUCGAAAACAAAAAGAAUAACAGUGCGCCAGUCUCCAGGCUUUUGAAAUUUCUUACGCCUAUACCAUGUUCUACGAAUCAAAAACCGACUACCGACCCAUUCACAUCUAAUGAUAGUGUUACUACUAUCGUAGGUAUUGAAGAAUUUUCGGCUGGUAACUUAAACAAAAAUGUACCAACUACUUUCACUCAAAGUUCAACUACAACCAUUAACUAUUGUCCUAAAAAACAGAGUGACGUUCCAGUAUCCAAACUUUCGACAUGUAGUACUCCUUCCUAUGGAUCAACGAAAUGUAAACCAUUUACUUUUAAUUUUCCGCUGAAAAGCACUGCCAGUACCAAAAACCUUUCGGAUAACACCAUCAAAGAGAAUAAACCAGCUACUUUCACUCAAAACACCACGUUUCCAAAGAAUAAUUUGAUACCACAGCUGAGUAUGUCAGUACCAUCAAUAGAUGUGUUAGAUCAAACCAAUAUUCUUUAUAAAAAAAUAGCCUAUUUUGAACAAAUCAUAAUGGGUAUUAAUUUAAGAAUUACAAAAUCAUUGGAUAAUCAAGAAAAAAUUAUCAGCUUAAUAGAAGAAGAAACCCGAAAAACAUUAGCAGAAAAAUGUGUAAACAAGGUGACGGAAGAAUUUGAAGACCAUAUUAAUUCGAACUUUCCAUUAAAAACAUUUGACGAUAUACUUGAAUUGGAAAAAUUAUUGAUUCAAAAACCAUAUUAUAAGCUUUUAGUAAGCAAAACUAUAUAAUAUAUAUAUAUAAAAACCAAACUUUUAUCAUAUUCUGGUGCUGAUUUAAAAUCUGCGACAGUAAAUAUCUUGACAAAAUUGUUUACAAAUAACGUGGCAGCCAAAAUAACGCUGUCAGACGUCUUAAUGCAAAAAUUCAAAUGUAACGAAGACCAGAUUAAAGUACCAAUUCGUAGCUGGUUAAAACACGCCAAAGAAAACAAUGAAGUUUAA